AUGCGAAGUGCUUUGCUGCUGCUGGCGGUGGUCCAAGUGGCCACGAGCGAGGCUUCCGUAAGUGAGGCUUUCGCAGUGGACUUCCUACAACGUCGGCUUGAGAUUGGCAAGGAGCUGAAGAGGCCUAACAUCCUUCUCUUCAUCGCGGACGACCAGGGCUGGGCAGGCCUAGGCGCGCACCGGACAGACAAGGGCGAGGAGGAGGCCCAGGGGAAAGCGGAGACGCAGACACCCACCAUGGACAACCUCAUUCGAGAAGGCAUCCUUCUGGAACGACACUAUACGUCCAGUCAAUCUGCGCCUGCUCGGUCAUCACUGCUGAGCGGGCGGCUUCCCUCCCAUUGCUGGCCUGGUAAACCUGAAGGCGUGUCCAACGCCCAAAUGUUCUGGAAUCGCUCUGACAACGUCUCUGGCUUUCUCGGCAUACCUCGCAACAUGACGGCAUUCCCACGCAAGCUGCAGGAGGUUGGAUAUGCAACUCACUAUGUGGGCAAGUGGGACGCAGGCUAUGCAACCCCAGAACACACACCGCUGGGAAGAGGCUAUGACAGCUUCUUGGGUUUUCUGCAAGGAGGAAUUGAUGCCUGGACCAAAGGCCAUGGCAAGGUGACCGAUGAUGUGGUUUUGGAUGUUUGUUUGAACAAGUUCCGUGACUUCUCGCUCUACAAUGCCUCAUACCGCGCCCGUGUGGGUCAUCAGGUGGCCAGGGAACUGGGCUGCAACGUCCGCGCCUCUUUGGGCAAGCCGCUGUUCGUCAAUGCCACUGGCUGUCUGGACAGCAACAUCUCCCUCUGCUGGCCGGAGAGCUGCUAUGCAGAUGAGAUGCUAUUGAAGUACGCUGCGAAGAUUAUCCGCACGCAUGACUCCAAGAAACAGCUGUUUCUCACAUAUGCGUCGCGCUCGGUCCACUCUGCAAUGGAAGUGCCAGCCGCUUACAUGCAAAGGUUGGAUGACAUGGUUGCGCAGACAGGAGUGGCAAGAGCACUCCCGUGGACGUUGCAGCGCAAAGAGAUGGCUGCUCUGCAGCUGCACAUGGACACCGUGCUCGGCAAGCUUAUACUGGCCUUCAAAGACAAGGGCAUGUAUGACAACCUCCUGAUCGUCUACCUCUCAGACAACGGUGGCGGAGUUAAUCUAUACGAAAACGGAAACAAUUAUCCGCUCAAGUCUGGCAAGUACACAGACUGGGAAGGAGGCGUGCGCACCAACGCCUUCAUUGGAGGUGGAGCGGUUCCUGUGGAAAAGCGUGGGAGUACCUUCAAUGGCGUCAUUCACAUUUCCGACUGGUACGCCACACUGUGCACGCUUGCGGGGGCCGACUACGUCGACCAUGCAGCAGAGGAGGCAAACAAGAUCCUGCGGGCUCAACAGUUGCCAUUGCUGGCACCAGUGGACAGCCGACCACAAUGGCAGCACAUCAUGCUUGGAACCUCGGUAGUCAUUGCGCUGACUGCUGGAUGCCGCGUCUGGUUUGCCUUAGAUUGUCUAUAG